UGCCGUGGAUGCCGUGGAUGCCGUGGAUGCCGUGGAUGCCGAUAAUGCAGAACGUGCUGGUGCCGUGGCUGCAGAAAGCCAGCACAAGCCCAGCAGAGGGCUGGAGGAACAUGGCGAACAUGGCGCAUACAGCGAUGUUUUGAAACGGGACACCUCGACGCAGUGUCUUGCGACCUUCCAGCGGCACCGUCCGCAUUGCCUCUUGGCUGGCCUCCAAGCGGCCUUCCUGGCUGCCCACCCGGUCCGCCUGAAUCACAGGCCGGCUCUCCAACACAACCGGCCCCUGUUCUGCUCUGGAUCUGCUUUGCAUCGACCAGGCCGCACGAUCGACCCCACAGUCGCCACAGUCGCCACAGUCACCGCUCCGCACGCGUCUCCAACCCCAAAGCAAGCCAUUCGGAAUGUUCGGACGUCCCCCCACCGGAUCCCUGGCCAACCGCCCCAGCAGCCGCGGCCCUUCAUCAUGGGGUCGAACCACUGGAGCACCACCAACAGGACUCGCAACACGCGCUGGACCAACAGGAAACCGCCCUGGAACCUCGAUGCGAGGCGGCUUUGGAUUCCAAGUUGUCGAUCGCCCCGUCACUCAACAGGGUCUCGGUGGUAUAAGGGCGUCCAACCAAGGUCCAGGCCGUUCAAUCCAAGACCGCACCUAUUUCCAGAGCGAACUGCGACAGAAGAUCAACCUCCUCACCAACGAGAUUGGUCGUCUCAACCAGGAGGCCGAGGCCACCAUGCGCGAAAAUGCCAACCUCAUUGCCUUUGAGAAGCGGGCCGAUGCUCUUGCGGAAGAGCUGCGGGAGCUUCAAGGACAGUUGGGCGAUCUCAACACCCUCGUCGACAAACUCCAUGCCGACGCCGACCUCGAGGACUUUGAGAAGCAGUACAAUCAGUUGAAGGCCCAAAAUCAAAGAGAGUCGCUGGCCUUGGACGAGUAUUUCUCCACGAGACAGCUAAAGGAAAACAUCUUACGAGAACUUGAUCGCCAGAUCGAAGAAGAGAAGCGUCGGGCUGAAGAAAAGUUCAACGAAUGGGAUCCUGUUAAGCGAGACACUUAUUAUGAGCUCAAGAAAGCCAAUGCCGAGUACGUGACCGAAACCCAGAGGAAGCAGGCCGAGCUCGACGAGCUGCAAAAGAAGCUCAACGGUCUUCAACAGGCAAGUGACAGGAGCGCUGAUUCAUCUUGGCAAGGCCUCGGAAUCGAGCUGCAUUCGCUGUAUAAAGCCGGAGGCUUCGAUGCAAAGCGCUGGCAGGAGGGGGUCGCUGCUUUUUCUCGGCUGCUUAUCCGCCUCGCCCACCAACGAUUCCAACACCCGGUGCCGCUGCAACCGCAGGAUCUUAAGCAAGACCCAGUCAAGCAGAAGGCUCUGGUUCAGCAGCAAAAGUUCAACGAGCUCAAGGCCAAGCGCAAAGAGAUCGAGGAGUCGCUGAGCUCCAUCGAGACCAACACCGGACCACAGGAGAAGGCCCGGCUCCUUGAGCAGGCAAAUCAUCACGUGGUGGUCGUCAAGGAGGACAACCAAGAGACGUCGGGCAUGGAGAGAAAGCUGCUGGAGCUCGAGGAGCUUGCGAAGCGGCUCAAGGAGGAAGCCUCGCAGCUCGACGUCGAGCUCGACUCGCAGCACGGCGAAAGAAACACAAAGUAUGAGGAGCUUCUCAAGCGCGAUAAGGACAUGCAGGCCUUUAUUGACUCGUUCGAGUCCAAGAGAACCGAGAUUGCGGAUAAGAACACCACCACCGAGAAGAACAUUGUUACUCUGCUCGAGAGGAUCAAGAACCUCUCCAAGCACGAGACUGAGCCGAUGCCGUCGGUGGCCAAUAUGAAAGAGCUGGAGAGCGACCUAAAGUUUAAAGAGAAGGAGAUGCAAAAGUCCGAGAGCACCGUUGAGGCGUUGCAGUUAGAGCGAGAGAGGCGCCUCCACGAGCUCGACAAAGUCGAGCAACUCGAGGCCAAAGUAACUGCCGAGCUCAAACACCUCACCUCUCGAAUGGAAGACCUCAAGAAGCAGCUCGGGACCGUCUCGAACAUCCAGGCCAUCAAGGAAGAGUUUGAGCAACUCAAAGUGAAACACAGUCGGGACCGAGAGAUCCUCAAGUAUCAGCGCGACUCCCUCCGCCAGCACAUCCAGUACUUGUCGACCCUCCACGAUGCCAAGAAGGCCCAGCUCCAGGAGAACGAGACAUACACUCAACUUGGCACCCUCGAGCAAAAGUUGCGGCACCACGAGUCCAACAACUUCCAUCUGAAGGAGUAUAUCUCGGUCAAGACCGCCGAGAGCGACUAUCGCCCCGUUGCCAGCGAGGUCGUGGGGCUGCUUGACGAGCUGAACGGCCAACUCAACUCGCUGAUCUCGAUGAUGCCCACCCGAUGAAGGCUGUGCCGAGUGAAACCUCUGGAAUGCUUGAAGCUCUUCGCUGGUGCUGCCCUUUGGUGUGCUCCCGACCCUCCACAACAUUGUCUGCUUCACACACUUUGCUUCUGCCUCGCACAUUGCCUUCGUUUCCUACAUCCUACAUUCUGUUUCCACAACACCCACGCUCCUCGGGAUGACACCGCUGCCUCUGCGCUCGCGCGCUGGUCCACUCCGGACAUCCCUGGUCGCCUGCCUCUGUCCCCUCACUUGCUUUCGCGCCCUCGCUUCUCCUCCGCAUGGCACCCAACUCCACGCCGAGCAUCUCCCGCUUCCGAGCCGCCUUGGCCCCUUGACCCUCCGCUGGUGAUGUCCCCAGUUCCGCAUUCUCGCAAGCUUCGGCUCCCUUGCAUCGCUCCCCACACUUGCCAAUACACGGACGUCCAGGCCAU